AUGUCGCGCCUCGCAGCGCGACGCUCGCCCGAUGCGCGAUCCCGCUGCCGCUCGCCGACGUCUCGUAGGGGGCGUCGACGGGGUUGCGGCACUGCUCAGCGUCAGACUGCCGAAAAGGCCGAAGCACAUACACGACCUAUGUUUUUGCUGCCUAGUGGAACGCUCGAGACGGUGUUUUGUGGUAGGCGAGCGUAUACUUCGCGUCCGAAACGCUUUUUUUCUUUGAAGGCUGUGGAAGCGUCCGGUCAGGAAACGGCCUCGAGUUCAAGUGCUGCGGGCGAGCGUGCACAAGCCAUGCAACCGCUUCUGGUGCGCGCGAUACGGCAUGAGCAGGUUGAACGACCGCCUAUUUGGCUCAUGCGUCAGGCUGGCCGCCACAUGAACGCAUACCGUGAACUGUGCAAGCGACAUCCGUCGUUUCGGGAACGCUCCGAGGUCGCCGCGCUGUCAACAGAGAUCUCGUUACAGCCGUAUCGUGCGUAUCACCCGGAUGCGGUGAUUAUGUUCUCGGAUAUCCUGACACCGUUGCCAGGAAUGGGCAUAACCUUUGAUAUACCGGAGCGUGGACCAGUGGUUAGUCCACCUGUGCGGAGCUACGAUGACUUGCAGCGCUUCCGUGAGAUGGAUCCAUACAAGUCGACGCCUUUUGUUCGAGAGACGCUGCAGACGCUGCGGCGUGUGGUUGAACCCGAGGUUGCAGUGCUUGGAUUUGUAGGGGCUCCUUGGACGCUGCUCACAUAUUGCAUUGAGGGCGGCUCGAGCCAGACAUAUUCGCAGAUCAAGAAAGUAGCGUUCACCGAGCCAGCUCUGCUUCAUGAGCUGCUUGCGAGAGUCACGGACAAUUUGGCGAUUUAUGCGAACUUUCAGAUCGAAUGCGGUGCUGAUGCAAUUCAGAUCUUUGACUCUUGGGCAGGGCAGUUAGCUCCAUCGGAUUUUGACGAGUUCGCGGGUCCGUAUCUGAACCGGCUCGUCAGAGAGGUGAAAGCGUCGCACCCUGAGACGCCGCUGAUUCUUUACAUUAAUCAAGGCUCACAUCUGCUGGAGCGCAUGCGGGAGACUGGAGUCGAUGUCGUCUCCGUUGACUGGACCAUCGAUAUUGGGGAGGCUCGGUCACGGCUGGGCCCGCGCGUAGCCGUCCAAGGCAACAUGGAUCCAGCAUGUUUGCUCGGGUCGCGAGAACUCAUUCAACGGCGAGCUUACGAGAUCAUUACCAAGGCUGGGAAAACAGGACAUAUCAUGAAUCUUGGCCACGGGGUGCUCCCGGAGACUCCCGAGGAGAACGUACUCGAAUUCUUUCGUCUCGUUCGUGGGUAUCGCUAUGAUGAGCACUAG